AUGUCCAACACAACUACUCCCCCUUUAAACCAGUAUGAGGUUAUAGACCCACAGUCACAACAGCUUCAACAACAACAACAACAACAGCAGCAAGUGUUGAAACGAUCGGUUCGUGAUUAUCAAUUUGGUCAGAAAAUAGGAGAGGGUUCAUAUUCAAGUGUUUAUUCUGCCGUCGAUAUUCAUAAUGGUAAGACUUUCGCCAUUAAGGUUCUUUCCAAACAAUAUAUAGUUAAAGAAGAUAAAAUCAAAUACGUCAAUAUCGAAAAGACUACUUUACAUCGAUUAGGUUUACAACAUCCUGGUAUAGUUCAAUUAUAUUAUACAUUCCAAGACGAAGCAAGUUUAUUCUUUGUAUUAGAUUUUGCCGAAUAUGGAGAAUUAUUAUCGAUCAUACGAAAGUUUGGAUCAUUAUCAGAAGCAGUACUGAAGUUUUAUAUGUGUCAAAUUGUUGAUGCGGUAAGAUUUAUUCAUCUGAAAGGAGUUAUUCAUAGAGAUUUAAAACCAGAAAAUAUCUUAGUGGCACAUGAUUUUAGUUUGAAAAUUACUGAUUUUGGUGCUGCUAAAUUACUUGGAUCAAAUGAUGAUCCAAAUGAUGAAGCUAUCGAUUAUAAUUCAAUCAAUGGUGGUAGUACAAGAGAUCCAACUCCUUCAAAUCAAGAUAGAAAAGGGUCCUUUGUAGGUACGGCUGAAUACGUAUCUCCUGAAUUAUUAAAGCAUAAUAUUUGUGGAUUUGAAAGUGAUGUAUGGGCUAUUGGUUGUAUAUUAUUUCAAUUCUUUAAUGGGGUCCCAGCUUUUAAAGGUGAAACUGAAUAUUUAACCUUUGAAAAAAUCAUUAAUGUCGAUUAUAAUUUUCCUACAAAUAUCGCUUAUCCUCCUGAUGUUAUACAAUUAGUAAAGAAAAUGUUAGUAGCUGAUCCAGCCGGUAGACUAACUAUUCCUCAAAUAAUGUCAGAUAAUUGGUUUAAUGGUGUACCGUGGGAUGAUGUGAAUUAUAUUUGGUAUCGUAAAGUUCCAAGAUUUGAACCAUAUGUACCAUUACCAUCAUCAUCAUCAAAUUCAAAUCCUUCAGUACCAUAUUCACCAUUAAUUAAAUCAGGUAGAAAUGUCAAUAAAUCAAGUUCUUAUCAACAAUUGCAUUCUCAAAUCCAACAAUCAGAUUUCAAUUUCGUUCCUUCAUUGGCGAAAAAGUCUUAUCAACCAGCUACCAAAAUGAAAAAGAACUUUUUACAACCAUCACCCAUGCCUAUGCCAAUUGCACAACCAUUAGUAUCAAAUGCCCCUCCUCCCAAAUUGAACAAUACCUCAAGAAUGUUACCUGGAAAUGUUAAUCCUAAUUAUACUGGUAAUCGAGGUCCAUUAACACAAAAUGCAUCUCCAAGACAAUAUCUGAAUAAUACUUCUCCUACAGCUCAAGUGGCAAAUAAUAAAGUUGAAACGAACGGUAAUGGGAAUGCAAAUUCAUAUACUAAAGCAUCACCAAGUCCAGAAUCACCUGGGAAAUCUCAAUAUACUAAUUUACGUGCCAAUACAGCGUUUGCUGGUAUUGCAAAUGGUACGUCAUCAUCAAAUGGAUCAUCAUCCAAUUCUCCAGUUACUACUAAAUCUGUAACACCUCAACAACAACAACAAACAGCAGCAAAACCUGCGACCCCUGUUAGGAAUCCAAGUGUAGCUGCAGCUGCAGCAGCUGGAAGUAAUUUCAAAUCCUCACCAAGUCAACCAAAACCAGUUGCUACAAAAUCAUCUGCAGCGGUUGCAAAAGAAAAAGAAAAUACGAAAGUUAACAAAUUAGCCAAACCUAUUGCAUCAACUACUAAGGAAAGACCAUCCAAUUCAAUCAAAUUAAGAGAAAUAUCAGGCUUGUUGGGUCCUAAUGAGAAGAUUUUAAAACUUGAUACUUUAUUCAAACUGCAAUUAACCAAUAAAGUAUUAAAUAGAAAUCUUUCAGUGGCAUUGGAUGAUGUUUUAAUUGAUCAAUUAGUUACUAAGAAUCUGUAUAUUUUAGAGAAAAAUGCGGUUCCAGUAGUUACGGUUAUCACUAAUGCGGCUAGAGUAUUUUUUAUUGAUCGUACAUUAAAUGUGAUGUUAGUUGAUCUUAAAGCUAAUCAAGGAGCAGAUUAUCUGAUGUAUGAUUAUGAAUUUGAAACGGUGGCUAUUGAUGAAGAUGGACAACUGAGUUCUGAAAUUGAAGAUGUAUUUGGAUAUUUAAUCUUAGAAUUAAUUAAAGAAGGAGGUGAUUUGAUAUUUUUAAAACGAAUGAGUGAUUUGGAUCGAUUAGCAUUAACUGAUCCAAUUCAAGUGGUUGAUAAAAAUAAUGAUGUGGUUAAAUUGGGUAGAAAUUAUGGGUGGAUAGAUUGUUUAUUAAUGGCUAAAGAGAUGAUUUCAAAAGAGAGUAAAGAUUCCGGUACGCAAUCUCCAAAACAACAACCUCAACCAAGUAAACCUACCACCUCCAAAAAGGUUAAACCUUCUACAGCUACAAGUUCUACAAAAGUGAAGAAGGCAAUACAACCUACAUUUGGUGGAUCAUCAUCAGCAUCUUCAAAUAGUAGAAUCAAUUCACCUAAACAACAACAGAUUAGUAAAUUUGCAUACGCUGCCGCUGCUGCUGCUCAUAAAUGA